GGGGCCCUGGAAGAUUUAAUUCAAGUUCUGCAGCGGAAUUUCAGGCUAUGGUGAACUUGCGCUAGUUAAUUUCUGCUCCCUCUUAGGGAAAGAAAUUUACUUGGAUAUAUAACUGCAGAAGAGGUCAUGUGACUGCUGUUUUGGACUGUAGCUUCUGUAAUGGGAAAUGGAUUGACUAUUUUAAUAGUAUUUCUCAAUGGGUACUUCGGUCCACUGUUUUAGAUCACGCUCCCAUUCUGAUCUUAUCAGAUGUGAUUCCGAAACCUACAAAUGUCCCCUUUCAUUUUCAUAAAUUCUGGAUGGAGGAUGACAACUUUCUGUCAGUUGUCAAAGAAGCCUGGGAUAUUGAGAUUGGUGGAAACCCAAUUUAUGUUCUCAAUAAAAAGUUAAAACAUGUGAAGAUGGUCAUCAGGCCUUGGGCAAAGCAGACUUUCCCUAAUUUAAAUUCUAAAUUGGAGAAAGCAGCUAAUGAUUUGAAAUCAUUCAGGAUGAUAUUGAGACUUCGGGAAUGUCUGACGAAUUAUUUGGUAAAGAGGCUGAUGCCAAAACUAUCUAUCUCAAGGCAUCCCAAAGACAAGCUCAACUUUGGUAUAAGAAAGCCAAACAGAAGUGGAUGAAGGACGGUGAUCGCAACUUUAAGUAUUUUCACCUCUCUGUGAAAAUAAGGCGAGCCCACAAUCAGAUUAGAUCGCUUCAGAAAGAAGAUGGCUCUUGGAUUUUUGAUCAGCAGGCUUUGAAGUCCUAUAUUUCCAGCUACUACGAAUCUUUUCAUGGGGCUGCGCAGUUGACUCCUCACUGGAAGCUGUUGGACAAUAUUCCUCAGGUGCUAGGGGAUGGUGAGAAUGAUAUCCUGUUAGCGGUUCCCUCGAAGGAUGAGAUUACUAAAGCAGUUUGGGAUCUUGAUCCUGAUAGCUCUCCAGGCCCGGAUGGCUUCUCAGGUGUUGAGAUUUUUAAAGGAAGGGUUUCUCAGAAGCACCUGCUGCCUAUGGUGGAUAAAAUCAAGACUAAGCUAGCGGGUUGGAAGGGAAAACUCCUCUCCCUUGCAGGAAGAGUGGAAUUAGUUAGAUCAGUUAUCUCUAGCCUCCCAAUCCAUAACUUUGAAGUGUAUUGGUGACCUCAAUCUUCCAUCAACAUUGUAGAGCGAUGGAUGUAGAAUUUUAUCUGGUCUAGCGAUGUUGAGAAGCAAAAGAAGAUUGUGGUCAAUUGGGAUAGCAUAUGCAAGCCUAAACAGGAGGGUGGUCUGGGUAUCAGACGCAUGCGAGAUGUCAAUAAAGCCUGUCUCUAUAAGCUUGCCUGGCAAAUCAAGCACGAAGACUCCAUCAUAAGUAAAUUUUUUAAGGCCAGAUUUGUUAAUGCUGAUGGCUCUCUGAAACUUGGCUAUAAGUCUUCCUCAAUUUUCUCUACGCUGAAGAAGGUAUGGCAUUUUAUUUCAAACUUUGAAAGGUGGUCGGUAGGGGAUGGAAAGAAUAUUAAUUUCUGGCUUGAUAGAUGGAUUGAUGGAAGGUCUCUUAUUGAGAAUUCAAAUUUGAAUUUAGCUCUUUUCAAAGAUAUGAAAAUAAAAGUCGUUGACUUCAUCAUUGAUAAUAGGUGGAGCUUCCCUCAAGUGACCUCCCUAUUUUUAAAAGAGUCUUUUAUCAAAGCUUCCCAUAUUCAGGUAUCCGAUUCCACUUACGUGUGUCACUGGAGGCUAGGCCCCUCGGGUGCCUUCUCUAAUUGUUCAGCUUGGGAGGAAAUAAGGAAAAAAAAAACCCAAGGUGUCUUGGUUUCCUCAAUCUGGAAGUCAAAACUUCAGCCUCACCAGGCAGCCUAUGGUUGGCGGUUUGCUCACAUCAAAUUGCCCACUGAUGAUGAGGUUUCUAAGUGUGGAAUUCAGAUGUCUUCAAAGUGUGAUCUCUGUAGUUCAGCGGAAGAAUCUACAAUUCACCCUUUCUUAAAUUGUAGUUACACCUCCUUUCUUAGGCAGAAUUCUUGUGAUCUCUUGG